AUGCUCUCUCUUAAGAUGCUGGCCCUUGUGCUGCCUGUAUUGUCGGGGGCAUACAAGCUUAAGGCUUGCACAGAUACUGCCUGUUCAGAGGGCUGUGUAGACCUCAGUGCCGAUGACGUUACCUCUGCCACUGACUGCUUAGACUUUGGAUUUACUGCGAAGUCUAUUUACUGGGCACUCACGGAAAACACACUCGACGCAUGGCCAUACGCAGGCUGUGCCGGUGGGGUUGGAAGUGAAAACGUGUGGAUUAAUGAUGGAAACCCCGACAACGCCCUGGCCUGUCAGGAUUUGGAAAGCUCUGAACAGGGUAGCAACGGUGUUCGUUACUACAUUGUCAACAACAGUGCGGAAUAG